UUACUUCUGCCGCCUGCCAGCCCGGGGGGAGGAGGCAGCGCCCUAGCCGCCCCUCUCUUUCGCCCCUGCAGCUUUCCAAAAAAACCGGGGCGGGAAGGGAGUGUCUCCUUGGCUGUGGAACCUGAUCCUCCUGCCUCGUCCAAAGCCACCCGCCGCUUUCCCCGGGCCCUCCCCCGGUGAUUUUCCUGUCCGGGACGCCCGGGGAGGGCGCGCGGCUGGAGUCCCGCCAGCAGGAAAGCACUUGCAAGUGAAGCACCAGCACACCUCUUUGCCUUGGAUAAUUUCUAGUGGACAAUAUAGCAGCAGCCUGCUGGGCCUCCGGCGCCCUGACCACAUUCUGCACCCUCAAGGACAGAGAGGACCCCUGGGGAACAGAUUCCUCACAGUGUAGGUGGGCCAGCCAUGAGAGGGUACCUUGUGGCCAUCUUGCUGAGUGCCGUCUUCCUGUAUUAUGUGCUGCAUUGUAUAUUGUGGAGAACAAAUGACUACGGGGUGACACCUAUGGACAUGAAGCAAAGGAGUAAGAUCCAGCCUUGUUCAUCAAAGCCAGCUUUUGCCUCUCUCCUGAGGUAUCAUCAGUUUCACCCUUUUCUGUGUGCAGCUGAUUUUAAAAAUACUGUUUCCUUCUACGGUAGCGAUAAGUUUGAUUUGCCCUAUGGGAUAAGAGCAUCAGCCACAUACUUUCGACUUGCUCUUUCGAAACUGCAGAAUUGUGGUCUCUUUGAUGAGUUUGACAAUGUGCCGUGUAAGAAGUGUGUGGUGGUUGGUAAUGGAGGAAUUUUGAAGAAUAAGACAUUAGGAGAAAAAAUUGACUCAUAUGAUAUAAUAAUAAGAAUGAAUAAUGGUCCUGUUUUAGGACAUGAAGAGGAAGUUGGAAGAAGGACUACCUUCCGACUUUUUUAUCCAGAAUCUGUUUUUUCAGAUCCUGAUCACAAUGACCCUAAUACUACGGUGAUUCUCACUGCUUUUAAGCCUCUUGAUUUAAAGUGGCUGUGGGAAUUGUUGACAGGUGGCAAAAUAAACCCUAAUGGUUUUUGGAAGGAACCAGCUUUAAAUCUGAUCUAUAAACCUUAUCAAAUCAGAAUAUUAGAUCCUUACAUCACCAGAAUGGCAGCUUAUGAACUGCUUCAUUUCCCGAAAGUGUUUCCCAAAAAUGAGAAACCCAAACACCCAACCACAGGCAUUAUUGCCAUUACCUUGGCAUUUCACAUAUGUCAUGAAGUUCAUCUUGCUGGCUUUAAGUACAACUUUUCUGACCUCAAGAGUCCUUUGCACUACUAUGGGAAUGCCACCAUGUCUUUGAUGAGUGAGAAUGAAUAUCACAAUGUCACUGCGGAGCAGCUCUUUCUGAAGGACAUUAUAGAAAAAAACUUUGUAACUGACUUGACCCAACAGUAACCCUACAGACUCAGAAGAUAAUGCUAACAGUAUUUUUAUUUUUAUACUGCAAUUUUUAGUUUAUUUUUAAAUAUGUUGGAUGUACUUGUCAAGAAAUUAUGUGUAUUAAGUCUCUUGCUGCCUGGUGAUUCAUAACCACCAGCUUAAUUUCUGUGAAUAUAUUUAAUUUAUGGAAACCAAGACGUUAAGAUAUCAGGGAAAGUGAACUUUUCAUUGCAUUGUUUAAAAAUAAGCUAGUUUUCUGAGGUGUUUUUAACUAUAGUUCGUUCAUCUUAGACUUCUGAAGGGCUGUGACUUCCUAGUAAGUAAGGGGGUUUAAGUUUACUACGACAAAUUUUGAAUGUAACAGGACAUUUUGGGAGGUUCAUCUGGCUACUGUAAACUGUUAGGAACUGGUGUGUGGCAGUUCCUUGAGGUAGUGUACUAGACCCACUUCAGGUGUCUAACUCUAGUCCCUUUUAGUUAUACCCGAGGAGCCGGACUGGAAUCUUAAACCAGACCUGAGGCAUGAUUGGUUAUGGAAAUCUAAGAUCAUACUGACUGAAUUAACCAUUUUUCUCCUGCAGUUAAGUAAACCAUGAUUAUGAUCAGUAGUUUGGUAGAAUGAAGAUUUUUUUUUUUCCCAAGUCAAAAGAAACAGGAUAAACAUGAAACUCUGGAUAAGUAAAUAACCAAAGACUGCAAUUCUUCAAGUCUGGUGACUUCAUUAUUUUAAAGAAAUAAAGUUUAAAGAAGCUGAAGUAGGCAAGCUCAAGAAGAAAACUUUUAAGCGGUAUUUUUUGCCUGGCUUAUUAAUUCAUUACGUUUUCGAAGCUUAUUUGAAGUAAAGUAAAAAAGACAAGAAACAAAGAAGACAAGAAUGAGUUAACCUUUAAGAGUCGAGCUGUUUCUGGAUUUCAGUGGCACUUUCAUGACAAGACCAGCUGUCCACAUGAGUCAGUCACAUCUUCAAAUGGAAAGCUUACCUAGGGUGCGCCAGAAAAGACUUGUGGGAUGCAGACAAGCCAGGUGGACUAAAGUGUGCCAAAAAAGAAGAGGAGGAGAGAAGAAGAAACUAGUUACAAGUUGGAUUAUAUGAGAACUGAUGCCACAGUUGACCUAAAAAUAUCCAACUCUUAGAUAUUGCAGUUUAGGGAUUUCAAGUUCAGAACCAAAAGGCAUAGCCAGUAGGUAACUUUUUUUUUUUUUAAAUAAACAAUUUCACUGAUUUCUCUUAA